GCGCUGCUCCGCGAUUUGUCGCUCUCCGUGACCCCGCGGUUACCCGGCAGGUAGUCCUUGCGCCGGCCCGGUCCUACCCGGUCCCGGGCGGGAUGAGCGCACUGCGGGGCCGCGGGUCUUGUCUGAAGUGUCUUUAGGGCCGGCAGCUUCAACGCGGCAUGUUUGUCUGAUGGGCGAGCGCCUCGAUGGAGCCUUCGUGCAGGGGUUGCGGAUUGGCUGACCGGUGGCCGGGGCUGAGCGCGCCUGCCGGCUCCAGGAUGACGGACAACAGCGGCGCGGCGAAACGUGAGGCAGCGGCCCACGGCAGCUGGCUCUACCCCACCGUGCUCCUCUGUUUCUGCGGCUUCUUUUCCAACGUGCGGCCCUUUGAACCCUUCUUCACCCCGUACCUUUUGGGACCGGAUAAAAAUCUAACAGAAGAACAGGUGAAGGAGGUUUUUCCAGUAUGGACUUACUCCUACUUGGUUCUUCUGUUUCCCAUCUUCCUUGCAACUGACUACCUUCGUUACAAGCCUGUCAUCAUUAUACAAUGUGCAGCUUUGAUUGUGACCUUGUUCAUGCUGUUGUAUGCCCAAGGACUGCUGGCAAUGCAGUUUGUGGAAUUCUUCUAUGGUAUGGUGACUGCAUCAGAAGUGGCAUAUUAUUCCUAUAUCUACACAGUAGUGGACUUUAAUAAGUACCAGAAAGUAACUGGAUAUUGUCGAUGUGCCACGUUGGUUGGAUACACAGUGGGAUCUGUUGCUGGACAAAUACUGGUCUUAUUUACUCCGAUAUCUCUCUUCUAUCUCAAUGUCAUUUCCUUAGUUUGUGCAACAAUUGCCUUUAUUACAUCGAUGUUUCUUCCAAUGCCACAGAAAAGCAUGUUCUUUCACAGAGUGGUGCGAAACUGUAAUGCUAAAGACAUCAAAGUAGAAGAUGCAAUAUCGUCAUUAAGCGAACUUGAAUCAUCUUUACCGCUCAAUUGUGACAAUGCUGAUGCUGAGCAUUUGGUUGUUAGCCGUCUUCUAGAGCCAAUGAAUGCCACCUCGCAAACCCUUACAAUUACGAACAAAAAGCCAUUCAAACGUAUUUGCAUUGUGCUUGCACUUCUAUGGAAGAUGUUAAUACAGUGCUAUUCUUCAGGGCCGCUGCUAUGCUGGUCAGUAUGGUGGGCAUUGUCUACCUGUGGCUAUUUUCAAAUAUUGAACUAUAUUCAAAUACUGUGGGAGAAAAUUUACCCAUCGCAGAAUUCUCAGAUUUACAAUGGGUUGGUGGAAGCUGCAUCUGCACUGUUGGGUGCAGUGGCAGCAUUUAUUGUGGGUUAUAUAAAAAUAUCAUGGGCCAUGUGGAGUGAAGUUGCACUUCUCAUCUUUUCCUUUGUUAUUGUCAUCGUGCUGUAUGUGAUGGACACUGUCCAAAAUAUUUGGGUGUGCUACAGCUGUUACGUGGUUUUCAGAAUUAUCUACAUGAUGCUAAUCACCAUUGCAACGUACAAAAUUGCUGCAAAUCUAAGUAUGGAACUAUAUGCAUUGGUGUUUGGUGUAAACACUUUCGUUGCCUUAGUCCUUCAGACUGUUUUAACUCUGAUUGUAGUUGAAGCCAACCUACUGAACUUAAACAUAUUUGGACAGUUUCUAGCGUACACCAUUUACUUUGCAGCGAUUGCAAUACUCUUUCUGAUCUUUGGUGCAUACAGCGUUAUAAAGAAACAAGGAGAAGGUUUGCAAGCAGUUGAAAACACCUCUGAUUGCUCGGACUGCGGGGAAGUGUCGCCUAGGCUGACUUGUAAGCAGAAAUGACACGUGAUGUUAUCUUUAGCCAUCCUCAUUACAAAUUUCACUAUUUUAAAUGAUUAGUGGUAUAGCACUGAUUAGAUCAUUUCUUCACUUCUGCACAGUGUCACUAAUCAAAAAUUUACUUGAAGCUACAGUCGUUUCUUCAUUGCAACUUCACCAAAAUCCUGCACUUUGUUUAUGCCAAAGGACAGGAUUUUGAAAGGGGCAGAUUUUCUGCAAAAUCCAGGUUUAUGGAUCGACACCCUCUUCUAAUACAUGCUUAAAAUCUGCAUGAUGUUAUGUAAUCACCUGUUAACGUUGCUCAGAUACUCCAAGCCCUCUAUUAAUUUUGAAACCUCUCCAGUUAUAUAUGUUCGAACCUUGUUCAACUUGAUAUGAUCGAAGAACAUAUCUCGCUUCAAUUCCUCCUGACACCAACCCAUCUUUCAAUGUAGGCUGAUCAUGUUGACUUCUUUCCAUUUCCAUUUCUCCAACCCACUCCAAACCUGCUAUCACAUUUCAUACUCAAAGCACAGCAUCUAACCUCUCUGCCCUUGCUGAUCAUCAUAUCUCCAGCUAUCUUUAAAUUCUUGGAAUGCGUUGAAACCUCCAAAGUCCAUGCCCGUCUUUCCCCGAACAAGCUGUAUGAAUUCUUGACCCACCUGCAACCUUUACAGCUGACCAUCUUUUUCAAUAAUCAUCUGGCCAUAGAUUAAAAAUUUCCAAUGAUUUCUCAUCGCAUACCUGUGAUGUUUUUUUUGCCAUUUUGGGGGUACAGAGAAAUGCUCCUAUUCCUCAUGUUACACGUUGCGCUCAACAACAUCAUCUGAAAGUGAUUCCUGUUCCCUGUGCCGCUGAUAAUGCCUCAACAGCUCCCCCCAACCCACCUUUUGACUUAGUGGAGGCCUCUAUCAAAUUUCUGGCCUGGCAUAGUGAAUUGAAUUCACUUUAUUACUUACAUCCUUCAUAUACAUGAAAGUAAAAAUCUUUACGUUACGUCUCUGUCUAAAUAUGCAAUGUGCAAUUUAUAGUAAUUUGUGAUAAAUAGUAUGUACAAGAUGAGUGAAAACUUUCUCCUAAUAAAGAUUGGAAAAGUCCAAUUCAUUGUCUUUGAUCUCAGCCCCUCUCUUCCCCCCCCCCCCAAAAAAAACAAACACAAUUCCCUGGAUACAUGGCUCUGUUCCUUUUUCCAACAGCCCCCUUAAAUGGAACAAGACCUUGGGUUUGAUUCAGGGUUGUAUUUGAACUUUGAUCUCAGAUAUACAUCAUAAUGUAAACCACCUUUUUGCCCUUGUUUCAAUUCAUGCUGUUGAAACUCUCAUCAAACCUCAAGCCAUUGCUUUUAGUGGUCUCUUUUGUUUUAUUUCCUUACACUUGAGGUCAUAAAGAAAAGUCAGGCAAAAGAGUCCUGCUCCCAUGUUUUCACACCUUUCUUUAUUGAAUCUCAGUCUGGUAACGAUUUAGAAUUCAUAUCCUUUUCAGUUUUCUCCUUUGCCUCCCCUCCUAAAUAUGUAAUCUACUGCCUUAAAGUACUCGGACCACCUAGGUGUCUCCAUCCUCAGAUUCAAUUGUCCACCACUGGUGCCUGGGCUUUUACCUCCCAAAGCCUUUAUCUUUCUAAACUGCUUUGGUUCUCUACACCUUUCCUCCUCCAAGACAAACCUCUAUGAACUUUGAUCAUCUACUCUAAUAUCUCCAUCCAGUUCAGUUUUAAAUUUUGCUUGGUCUUAUUCCUGUCAAGCUUUCUGGUUUUUCCCACUUUAAGGUAUUUAAGGCAAAUUUAUUGUAAUUUGGGUAAAUGUUGGAAAUCUGAUAGCUGUAAUCUAAAGAAACUCUUUCCCUCGUUUUUUUUUCUUAAUAAAAUUAAUCUCAUUUUGGUGACUGAAUGGACCACACAGAGACUGUAGAUGUAAAACAUCUUUUAUUCAGCAUGUCAAGGAGAUACUCGGGAAGGAUUUCCCCUGAAGAAUUUAACGAGAAUAUCUCUAAAAGGUAUACCAAGAUCUGGUACUUCUUUUAAGCACAAAAAUAACAAAAGUUGAUUAAAUACGAUUUCUGUAGUUACAGUUAUAUGGUUUACUUCAACAAUUUGGAUGUAUACAAGUAACUUUGUAGAGUUACGUAUUUACAAUGAGCACACCUCAAUGGAUACCUUUUGAAUAUUCAAGCAUUUUGUGGAUGAUCCAAAGGGUUCUGAACAUAACACCUCAAACAAUCAAAAUAUACCUCUUUUACCUAAGUAUAGAGGGGUGUCUCCUUGGAUACAAAAACACUCCAACUAUUGAUUGACAGAAUAAGUGUACCAUAACACUGUGUUAGUGGCAGAAAUAUGUAUUUAACUGUGCUUUAAGUGAUAAGAUGCUCACUUGAUCCCUGAUUUCAUCCUGGGAGUUUCAAUGUGGCCCAGUUGACAGGUACGCUCAUCUAUUGUUUUGCCCUAUACAAAUUAUACUAGUGCAAAACGAGAAAGUCCCACCUCAUAGCUGGUUUCAGUGUCCUAAAAGUAUGAAUGGUUGUUAUAUACAAUAAAGUACCUAUGUACAAGUGUCAAUAGAAAAAAUUGUCAUGUCAGUUUCUUAAGUGCUCACCUGUUAUAAAUUGGUAAGCGGUGAUCAAAUAAACUGGUGUCUAUUUGAUUAUUGCUUGUAAGUUAAAUUUGAAUAGUUUAUUUUUGAAAACUGGUUCUCAUUUAUACUAAUGGCUGCUCUCCACAUAAUUGUUGAUGUCUAACAUUUCUUAACAGCAUUCAUGUAUUUCCAAGUAAUGGAAGGAUAAUACUGGAUUCUAAAAAAAGUUAACUAAUAUAUUUAUUGUAAUGGUAAACAUUGCUGUUUAGUUGAGCCUCUACUAUGUUUGUCAAAGUUAAUGAGGUAAUAGAUCUCUUGAUCAGUAUUGAAUAUUAUAUUUAAAUGUUUCUCACGUGGUCAGGAAGAUUAUUUUAAGUUCUCAUGUUAAAUCUAACUGGUUUUGGACAAAUGUCUGAUUUACAUUUUAAUUGCACCAUAUUGAGGUAUUAGAGGUCUGCACAAUACUUAGGUGAGAACUAGUGAACAAAAUAAUUGGUUCAUUAAGAAAUUCACGGCGGUAGCUUCAAAUAUCGAUAAACAGCAUUCAUUGUGAGCUUUUGAUUUAAGUAUUGGGCUGAUGUAAUACGAAGUGUAGACAGUGUUUCAAACUUGAAUAUUUUCUUUCAUCAAACAAUAUUAAUGUUGAAUGAUUAGUGUGUACUUGUGAGAGAAAAACUUGAAAAUAAAGUGGAAAUAAAGUUUCUUAUCAAAAUUCAGGCAAUAACACAAAUGUAUUAAAUUGUAGAGAGGAAGGUAUUGUUAAAACUACAAACUUUUGCAAUAAUGAGAAUACUUUGGGCAGUAGAUUCCCAGAAUUGUUUUAUAAUCAAAGCCAUUGUUUGUCCUUGAAGGAAAUUGCAAGGAUUUGUGAAAUUCUACACUUUCCUUUUCUUAAAUUUUGAUUAAAAUUCAGUUUUGUAUGAGUAAAAAUAAGUUACAAGAACAUGCAUUCAAUAGAAGGGCACUGAGGUAUGUGCAUGGAUGUAGAGGCCAAGAGAUUUAAAUAAAAUAGGGUUGGAGCAGGUUAUUCAAUUCACAAUAAACUGGAAAAAAUAUAUUAGAACUGUAGAUAUUAUAAAUGAGGUGCAGGGAAGGAUCUUUAUUACAUUUAUUAACUAACUUCUAUGUAAUUUUAUUAAUUGUUUUGCUGUAUAUUUAUUUUGAAAGUGGUUUGCUUUUGUCAGUUAAAUUCAACUUGAUUUUUAUUACACGCAUGCCUAGUAUAUUUUUGAAUAAAGUGUAUUACUGAACAUUGUAAUUGCAUUAAUAGACUUCAUCCUUCCAUUCCAUGUGAUUGUACUAUCAUGAAUUCAAUUGGAAGCUAUUUAAAUUCUGUUUCUACUUUUUGAUAGAAAUGCACUUUAACAUGUUUAUGAUAUUUGCGUUGCAAAUAUUAAAACUAGUUUAAUCAAAAAUUGUGCAUUUAUGUGUUUGUUUAUCGUAAGUCAAAUGUGGAUUUACUUCACUUUGGGAAAGCAAUGGUUCUUGAAGCUUCAUCUAAUCCUGAAUAUGUACUUAAUGCAAAAUUUAAAAGUAGUGCAAUUAUCAACUGAGUAAAAAGUACAAAUUACAGCUGAGUUUUUAACCAAUUUGAGUGGGUGGGGUUAAAGGUUUUGUGGGGAUAAAAUAAAAAUGUGCACAAUGCUCUUGAAAUAGACAUGUAUUCUGAUAUGGAAGAUGAUUGUUAGAGAGAGAAAAAGGUUCGAAGAUGUGUUCAAACCACUUAAUCUGGAAAUCCCUGUCUCCUGACUGCUCAAAGUAGAGAAGGGGAAAUUGGGAUGAUAUUGAGAUAUACGGUCAGUGGGUAACAUUUAAUGUGAGCUUAGACAGAGGUGAGGUAUAUGGGCCCCCAAAUCCUAAAAACUUUCUAAGGGGCGCAAUUGAGAGCAUCCUGACUGGCUGCAUCACUGCCUGGUGUGGGAACUGUACUUCCCUGAACUGCAGGACUCUGCAGAGAGUGGUGUGGACAGCCCAGCGCAUCUGUACUUGUGAACUUCUCAUGAUUCAGGACAUUUACAAAGAUAGGUGUGUAAAAAGGGCCCGAAGGAUCAUUGGAGACCCGAGUCACCCCAACCACAAACUGUUCCAGCUGCUACCAUCCGGGAAAUAAUACCGCAGCAAAAAAGCCAGGACCAGCAGGCUCCGGGACAGCUUCCACUAGGCCAUCAGGCUGCUUAAUUCAUGCUGAAACAACUGUGUUUCUAUGUUAUAUUGACUACC